CAAUACUUUGCAUCUCUCCUCCCCUCUCCACCACCGCCCCGCUUUCACCUUUUCACCUUUCUGCUUUCUAUUGUGCUUUUGUUGCUAUUAUUAUUAGUAGCAUUAUUAUUGUUAUUGUUAUUACACUCUUUGCUUGUUUAAUUAAACUAUUCUAGUCAUCGCUAUUGACAUUUCAAAGUGGGGUGUGGCUUCAAGCAUAAUUCAUUUUCGAAAUGCAGUCUCGCGCGCGCUCGAAUUCGCAGACACAGUACUACGCGGGGCCACAGCGAGCCGACUCGGCAGCGGGGCGCGCAUCGGACCUGCGCGUGUACACAGGCCGCACACCAGCAUCAACAUCAACAUCAGUGUCGGCAUCAACGGUUGGCCGCACAGCAGGGCUGUUCGCAACGCCGCCGCGGGCCAGCCAAGGCACACCAUCGCUGCGUGGCUCGCACAGCGUGACGAUGCUGCGGCGGCCGCGGCGCCAAUCAGAGACGACGCCGCCCGGGUGGCACAACGCGCCCGCACAGGAUUUCUUCCGGAGCCCGCCGCGGCCAGAGUCGCGCGGAUCAGUUAAUAGCGCAGCGUCGGGGCAUUUUGGAUCGGUACCGCACUCGGGCAAGUCGCCGGUGCUGGUGCGCGGCGUCAAGCUGGACUGCAAGGUUGUUUCGCGCGCGCUCGAUGAGUUCAAGGCGCAGCGCAAGGGCAUUGUGUUUGAUGGGCAGGAGGCUGGCGCUCGCGUGAGGGUGCGCAUGGACGUGUCGCUGACUGUUCUGCAUGCCGGUGAGCAAUGCGUCGAUCUGCUGGCCGUUGCAGCGCCCAAGUCGGCGCACGCGCUGGCCUUUGGCGGUCGCCGGUCAGCACAGUCGGCGCAUUCGGACUCUGAGCGCGGGUGGCCGCGCGUCGAGCGCACCGAGUGCAGGGUGUCGUCGUCGCCGUCGCACUACCAGCCGACCGAGUACGCCGAGUCGGCGGCCUCGCCAGCGCUGUCGCCGCAGGCCGUGAACUGGCAGAGGUUUGAGCCCGAGCCGGCGGCCGUGCCGGCUCUUGAGCCGGUGCCGGUGCCGGUGGCCCGGCCGACGGCUGGCCGGUCCGAGCCGCGCGCACGGCCAAUGUCGAUGCUGCACGUUGCGCAGCCGGCGCCAUACCCACCAGCGCCCAACAGCCCGAGCCCGCCGCAGACUCAGGCGCAGGCACAGACACACGAGGGCUGGGCGCGGUUCGAGAUGCACACGCAGGCGUCGUACGCGCGGUCACUUGCGCGCGUGUCCGACCGCGUCGCGCUGUUCAAUAACCUGAGUGCGUCGCCGGCGCGCGCCCAGUCGCUGACCACGCGCCGCACACACUCGUUCGACGUCGACCGGGGGUUGGUCGGCCUGGGGCUGCGGCCGGCCAGCGCCAUGGCUCACUACGACGGGCAGCCGGUGGAUCAGAGCCACGAUCAGAGCCAUGGGCAUGAUCAGAGCCAGACUCAGGACCAGGCUCAGCCUCAGAUUCACAGCCAGCCGAUGCAGCGCCCGGCAGAUGCCACCGAUCGCCCGCACUCGUCGAUGGGCCUGGGCACCGGUCGCCUGCUUAUGGGCGCUGACGCGGUGCCGCGGUCGGCAGCCGGCGAGUGCCCGGCGCCGGCCUGCGACUUUGAAACCGACGUGGCGCGCGGCAUGCUGUUUGCGCGCCUGCACGAGCCGCGGCGCUACCGGCUCACGGUGUGGUUCUCGGUGCCGGUCGCGGCACAUAUGCAGCUCGGCCACGGCGACUGCGCAGCAUGGGAGGCCGGCGGCGUCAGCAUCCAGGGCCUGCCGCGGUCGCUGCAUACGCGCGUGCGCGUGCGCUUGCCGCACCGCCAUGUCCGCAGUCACGGGCCGGCUGACGACGGGAGCUUCUACCGCGUGCGCAUGGUGCAGCCGCCGCGCGUCGACCCGCACAGCGUGCGCACCGUCGACGCGGCGCUGGCGGCUGGCGGCCAGAUGCCGGCACCGUUGUUUAGCCCGGCUGGCCCCGAGGCGUCGGGCGGCGCCGGCUGGCUCAACACCGACGACUCGGACACACAGGACUGCCCAGCACCGGUGGACAACGAUUCCGAGGCCGUUUUGGACCGCAAGCUGCGGCGGUUCAUCGACGAGUACGGCCACCGCACACUGGCCGCCGACGCGCCAGCGCAGCAAGCUCUGGUGGCGGCCGACUCGGCCGACCGCCGCCACGCGUGGGCACAGUUUGCGUCCGAGCACGAUGGCUGGGACUUUCGGCGCAGCGAGGUGACGUCGUUCCGCCUCAAGCUGGCCGAUGCCGUCAGCGUGUCGUGGGCGCCGCGCACAGACUACGACUACGUCGCGUCGAGCCUUUUCGAAUCGCGGCCGCUGUCGCCGAUGCUGUCUGACGAGCCCGAACUGCCCGACCAGUUCCAUCUGCCCACCAGCAGGCCACGCCCGCCGCCAUCGCGCGCGGCGCUGGAGACCAUCUUUUCAGCUGAGCCAACGCCGACCAUCGACGUGCCUGCCGAGACAACACUGCCCUUUGCUCCGACUGUGGCUGGCGCCGAGCCCAUUGCCAGCAUUGACAGCGUCGAGGCGCGGCUGGUCGUGCGGCCCGAUGGUCUGCUGGUGUCAGCCAAGGUGACGCUGAGCACGUCGGAGCGCUGGCCGACGGCCAUCGAUAUGCACUUUUCCCCGCUGCUGUGCGCCAUCGGCGGCGUGCGCUCGCUGGCACUGGCCCACCGCUCGGUCAGCGUGAGGUAUCGUGGCAGGCACGUCGAGGCGCGCUGGGCGUCGGGCCCUGCGCUGGGCGAGUUGGGCUCCAACGAGCCAUCGCUUUUGCGGCUGUGGGCUGCAGCCACUGCCGACAGCGCUGCUGUUCUGCUGCCAGAGGACGGCCUGGGGGCGGAUGGUGCUGUUAUGGAAGUGACCGUUGAGUCAGAGCCAGGCCUGUCGGUCCCACUGCAUGGAAUGGGGCUGACGCAUCGCUUCUACAUCGCUGUGCCGACGCACCUGGUUUCGCUAUCUGUGAACGCGUUUUCUGUCGGCGCCGCUGUGAGCGUGGUCAACAGCGCCAACACAUGGGUGCACGCCGUGCUGGCGGACUCUGACGGCAUUGCCGCCGAUCUUCUGUCGCUGGUAUCGUCUGCCAGCCUGCACCGCGUGGUUGUCAUUGAGCGCAGGCCGGCCGUGGGGGCUUCAGUUAUGUUUGGGCGCCGGAUGACUGCAGCCUACGAGCGCAUGCGCGCGUCAGGCGCAAUGGAGGAGCCAGUAACAUGCGCGUCGUCAGCCACGGUGGCCAUCGACGUCAAGCGCCGCGCCCUGGGCGCUUUGGCGGUGCGCGUAAGCGUGGCAUGCUCGUUGGCGACAUUUAACUCGUGGCGCGCCCAGAUGGUGGCCGCCGAGCGCAAUAAGAGCAGCAUUGGCGAGCCGCAGGUUGUCCCCUGCUUGGCGCUCAGUGUGCCUCGGUCGGACAUCGCCUGGGAAAUUGACUCUGUCGAGCUCACUUGCCUGGUUGGCUCGGUCAGCACCACCAUGCCCGUGCAGUCUCUUGUCGAGCUCGACGACAGCACAGUGGCUGUGCCCCUGUCGCAUCUGUUGCACACGCGCGGCCACUUGGCACCCGAGGUUGUCAUCGAUGCGGUCACGUGUGUAUUUACUGCCAGCACCCCUGCGCCUAAUCACCCCCAGUCAGCGCUUGCAUCAGGAUUCAGCUUGCCGCUGCCGGUGCCCGUCUUUGGCUUGGGCUCUGAUUGCCCUGCGCUCGAGCACACUUAUUUUGCAAAGUCGUGUGCUGAGCUGUUUUCGGCCGCAACCAUUACCGUGUCUGUUGCCGCCGGCACCACUGUGCAGACGACCAAUGAGAAUAACAUCUCUGCUAUUGUUUGCACACUGCCGAGCUGUACAGCCAGUUCUACCGAUAUGAACGCAGUCGUCAUAGACGAUGCUGGUGAUGCUGGUAAUGAUGGUGACGAUGAUGAGCGCCAACCGCUUGUCGCCCACACACUUCAAGUUGCCCUAUCUAGUCUCGCCGGCCUUUGUCUUGAUUUGCGCCUGGCUUGUGCACUGGGUCAGCCACCUCUGGAGCAGUACACAGUUGAACUAGUUUCAAAAUCCACUGAUACUGACGACCUGCUGCCGCUGCUGCCAUCAGUGCCGCCGAUUCCCGAGGAAGACUACAACAGCAACGACGGCAGUGAUGACAAGCGAGAUGACAACGAUGCCAUUGUCUCUGCAGAGGAAGUCAUGGACGACACCGCCGCAGUCAGCUGUGUGUCCCUGGAGCAACUGCCUGCUGACUCCAUCUCAGUCCACUCGAUGUCGUCCUCCGCUGCCGCCGCCACACACUCAUUACGCAAUCGACACACGCGCAACCGAGUUCUUGCCGAUGCCAUACCGACAUCCUCGGCUCUGGACAUGUCUAUGCAGGUGCCAACUGAAUCCGAUCCCUUGCUGGGACCACUGCAUGAAAUCGUACUCGGAACAGAGCCCUCGGCCUGGGAGAAAAUGCAGCGAGUGCUAGUCUGGAUACUGUGGUUUACUCUUUUCCUGGUGAUUACUGCCGCAGCACUGUUUGCUGUAACGGAGUAUUUCAUUGAAAUACCUGAGAGCUCAGCACAGAUGCAUUAUAUCGAUACAGUCACAGAUGAGAUACCAGUUACAGUCAUGGGAAUGCCUGCAGCGGUCGCAGCUGUGGCUGUGGUAUUGCCGAUUGAGAUUUUGCGCGCACGCACGGCUGUUCACAAUGAGGUGCUGCAUGUGCUCAGCGAGACUGUGGAUACCUCAGGUCGCUUGCCAGUUAUGUCGAGUAAUGAGGUCGAGCAUUUAUUUGCUUCUGCUGCAUCAACAGAUUUUGCUGGUUCUGUGGCUGCUGAUGUGGCCAGUGGAAAGUCCUCAUCGUCACUGUUUGGGUGGCUUUAUCGUGCGGUUUUUGAGCCUGUACUGGAGGCAUUACAUCUUUCUGGCUAAUAAUAAAGGUUGACUUUUGGCCAGCCCUCAACAUGGUUUGUGCCUUUCUGGGCUAUGCCUUAUUUUUAGUAUAUGUAAAAAAGAAAAAACUGAGUGCCCAGGGAUGAUCCAUUUAUCCUUUGCCAAGACAUAUGAGGCAGUUCUUGUGGCAGGACAGGCAUUGUAAUUCUCUGGAAAAAUGUGGGU